GGAGGAACCAUGACAGGCCCAACCGGAUGCGGGGAGCGUGCACGCCUCUUCCGCCCUGGGCCCGGAAGGGUGAUGUGGCUGGGGCUUCGCCGGCCUCACUAUGUCUGCCAUUUUCAAUUUUCAGAGUCUGUUGACUGUAAUCUUGCUGCUUAUAUGUACCUGUGCUUAUAUCCGAUCCUUGGCACCCAGCCUCCUGGACAGAAAUAAAACUGGAUUGUUGGGUAUAUUUUGGAAAUGCGCCAGAAUUGGUGAACGGAAGAGUCCUUACGUUGCAGUAUGCUGUAUAGUGAUGGCCUUCAGCAUUCUCUUCAUACAGUAGCUUGGAAGAAUAUCAGAAUUUAAUUACCAUCAGAUUUCAGUAUGGGAAAGGACUUACUUACAGAAAAUAAUGGAGUGAAUGGUCAACCCUUUUAUCUCUGAACAUUGAAUGAGAUAAAUUUCCAGCUGCUGUUCUCUAUUUUUAUUAUUGGACCAAUGUUCUAUAUAAAUAGGAUGUAACCAUUUAAUACUCAAAGAGUUUAAUAUGUCUGUAACAAUCAACCUCAGUACUGUCACUACAAUAUUACAUUCUGCAAAUGUUAUUCUGUUAUGUCAGAUACCAGUUUUUCGUGAGGUAUCUCUAAGGCACAUAAUAGAAAACAAAAUUGGUAAAUGACCCAAGUUUCUUUCACUGUGAUAUGGGAAUGAUAAAUCCUUAUAGAAUGAGACAUUUUUCUGGACUAGCUUUUUUAUUGGGGAAAAAGUUCAAUUUGUGUUGGUAAGGAUUGCAUUCAUAUUUAAUAAUGCUUGCUUUUUCCUCUGGUCAUACCAGAGCAUUAACAGAGUACCUCGAAGCAGACUCGCUAGUGUAUCACAGGUGUUUCAGCUAUUUAAAACAAGCUAUGCAGUUCUUAAGGAGGAAGAUAAAUGAGAUCAGACUUAAGAGUAGUACUGGGAAGAUGUUCAUAUUUAGCAUAAAAGAGUUUAGAAUAACUGACUGGUAUAGUAGCCUCUGAAAAUUUGACCGGCUGUCAUUCUCUAAAUAAGACUGCGUACUUAGAGUGAAAAUAGCAAAAUAGAACAAUUACAGAAUGAUACUCCUGUUUGUGUUUUUCAUUCUUUUUAGUGUCAGGUCUCCACUUAUUUUAACUGCCCCCAAACACAAAGUAUUUUAUUUGUUUUUAAAUACAGCACUUUAAUGUGUCUAGUUUACUUUUUAUGUGUCAACUAGAACGAGAAUCUUCUGAAUAACUCAGUAGGUGAUGAUAAACAAUUUUCAGAUCUCUUAUCCUUAUAACUUGUCAUAAGUGUCUUUGGGUUUUGAUAACAAGGAAAUACCUUCAACAGUUUCAUCAAAGCAAGAAAAACAUUUGGAAUAUGACUAAAAAAUUUUGCAGUAGAGCGUUAUUAAAAGUUCAGUUAACAUUUUUUUCAGUUUCAACUGAAAUUCAAGCUAGAAGAAACAUAAACAUCUUAGCUAAAAAUUGCCCAUUGUAGGUAGUACUAAUUAGAUAUUGUCCUCAGCUAUUAAUUCCUUUUCUUUUUUUAAGAAAAUUAUUUAGAGUUAUUUGAAAAUGAGGCUGCUGGUAGCUCUUUCUAUAGAAACAAAGUCUGGAACUAAAAGCCAUCUAUUUUUAAAGACCACUUUAAAGUACUUGAAAAGAAUUCUAGGAAACAUAAGAAAAGCUUGUUAAGCGUUGCUUGCUUUUCUCACAAAAGAUAAAAGCUGCUAUAGGCUAUCAAUAUAAUUGUUUAUUUUACAUUUUUGGCAUAUCUCUCUGGCCAAAAGUUACAUAUUUUGCUUUAGAGAGGGAAUCAGGUUAUGAUCAUUGUGCCUACUCUGAACUGUCUCUUGGGCUUUGCAUUAGGUCAAGAAUUUUCAGGGUAUCCUAAAAAUAGGACUCUUAUCAGCAUAUACAUGCAGAGUAAGUCACCUUUCUGGGUCUGGUUUCUGAGCCCAUCUGUUGUCCCACUCUCCUGCCAACUAGAUUUUCCAAAAGCUAUGUCAACUAAUCUUUCAUAUGCUAGCACAAAUCUAGUAUGAAUAAAGGGAAGAAUAUUCUAGAUAAUCAGUUCUAGGGCAUUUCUUUAAAUUUGGCAUUUUGGAGAAGCUAGGUGGAAAGUAGAGGAAGAAAUAAUUUUUUUGAAAAAUCUGUGGUAACAUACAAACAAUUUUGCUGUGUGGAGAUGCUCAACAGAGUGGGAGGCAGCUCAUUUCUGACCCUAGACACUGUGACCUUUUGAAACACAAGCUCUUUGGGACACAGAGAAAAGGAUUCUAUGAUUCUAUGAAGAAAAGCAAUUAGCAUUUUCUUUAAUGUAGUUUUUUCAAAGAGCUACCACUGAAUCCUGUUCUCUAACCCAAAGGGCAGCGUAGGUAGUUUUAGGCCCACAGAAUAUUCAGAGACUCCUGUUGUAUUCUUGGUGGGGUGGUAGGAUGCAGAAGAGGAUUAAGGAUUGAUUUAGCAUCAGAUGUACUGUCUCGGUCACAGAGACUUACUGCAGGGCUAGAAGGGAUAGGUGGUGGGCACUGAAGUCCAUAGCUUACCAAGGUUUGAAUACUCUGCGUAACCUCUUUCCUGGCUCCAGAAUUUUUUUAUUCCAUCUCUCCUGAAAAUUGUUCGGUGCUGAUAUUUUAGUUCCUGAAUGGGCUCAGCUGUGUCCAUGGCAGGAACUGGUCUUCUUUCCGGGCAGUCUUAAAAGAUGAUCAAUUAAAAGGCCAUUUAAUCUGUUGAAUUCCCUGCAUGGCUUAAAAAAAAUUUUGGAUUCAAAUCCAGUGUCUUGUAAAUGCCUGUGCUCCUAUGCUAGCCAUGUUCCAUGUUUAAAUGCAAAAUAGCCCCUUCAUACUGGGAAGAAUAGUAAUAGGUAAUUUGUAACAGAUUCCUUCACCUUAGUAAUAGGCAGAUCAGUCUCAUUUUUUCUUAGGACCUAGAAGAGGUCAGAAUGAAGUGACAAAGUAAAAAAUGAACAGGUCUCUCCCUAGUUUUGUGGGAAAGACCUAGCAUUUUGUAAAUAGAAUUUAUACAUUUGACCAUUCUUUCAAGAAGCAUUUAUGGAGUACAUGUAGUACCUUAUCACUGACGACAGAAAAGCAAGUACAUAAUUUCUGUCCUCUAGUAGUUCACAGUGCAGUGGAUGAGAGAGAUGAAAUUACUUAUAGAAACUGCAAUGUGAUAGUGCUUAUUACUGAAAUAAUGCCGGGAUUCUAGAAGAAAAUAAGGGUGACACCUUAGAGGUAAGAAUUUCCUGCUAGAGAAGCAGUGCUUAAGCUGAAUUUAAGAGUAGUUUGCAAAAGCACCAGUGGUAUAUUAUUAACUACAAGCACCUAGUUUGUUGUGUCACUUGGGGAGUAUCAAGACAUAAGCCUAAAAAGGUGAACUGAGGUUGGAUCCUAGAGGGUCUUGUAUUUUUUCUCACGACUAUUACCUACCUCAAAAUUGAAGUUAAGUGUAUGUUCCCUUCUGCCUGACAAAAAGACGUG